AUGGCUGAUUUAUUUGGAGAGGUGAGUGCUCUUAGUUUUCACUGGAAAAAAUUAUGGUUUCAGGGUUCGAUUGCGGAUAUUUUGCGACAAACAGCAAAUGAAGUAAUUCAUGCAAAUGCACCGGAAGGAUUUGAAUGGAUUGAGGAAUAUCAACAAUAUUAUUCCAAGGAGACUCGAUAUUAUUUUGAUCCUAAUACAAUGUUGUAUUAUAAUGGAGAUACAAUGACGUAUUAUCGAUUUAAUGAGGAAACAUAUUCGUAUGAAAUUGUGGAGUGUUGUCAGCCGAGUAAGCUGUUUCGAUAGCUUUUUUUGUGAAAAAUAUACAUUUUCUAGUAGCUUUCGACCACUAUUUCUUUGUCAAAAACUGUAGAAAACAAUUCCUAAAUGAGUUAUGACGUGGCAAAGUCAAAAUUUCGAGCGGAGCGAGUGUAGAGCGCUAGCUUCCGCGUCAGCGGCACUAUUUACCGCUUCAGCGGCCACGUGGAUUGCUAUGAUGCGAAAAUUUAUUAAGGUUUUCAUGUCAUAGCAAUCCGCGUGGCCGCUGAAGCGGUAGAUAGUGCCGCUUCGCGGAAGCUAGCGGUCUACACUCGCUUCGCUCGAAUUAUUGACAAAAUCUGUGAAAACACAGAUUUUUGAGCUCUGAAGCAUUGCUCAUAUUAAAUUUUCCCCAAAAGCAAAUUUUGUAUCCAUAAAACCAGGAUUUUUGAGCUCUCGAGCAUUGCUCAUGUUAAAAAUUCUCCUAAAGCAAAUUUAGUGUCCAAAAACCAGGAUUUUUGAGCUCUCGAGCAUUGCUCAUGUUAAAAAUUACCCUAAAGCAAAUUUAGUGUCCAAAAACCAGGAUUUUUAAGCUCUGGAGCAUUGCUCAUGUUAAAAAUUCCCCAGAAGCAAAUUUAUUGUCUAAAAACCAGGAUUUUUAAGCUCUGGAGCAUUGCUCAUGUUAAAAAUUCCCCAGAAGCAAAUUUAUUGUCUAAAAACCAGGAUUUUUGAGCUCUGGAGCAUUGCUCAUGUUAAAAAUCUUGAAAAAAUACAAUUUUUCAGCAAAAUGGAGUAGCAGUGGCUAUAGAAAACGUGCGAUUCAAGCGAUCGGAGAAGGCGAAUUCAAAAAAUUCACCCAGGAAAAUGUUGAUAUUUGCGAGACGCUUUUCAAUGUGAUUGGCAAGGUUUUGAAGGCUGAACAUGUUGAAAAUCCCGUGCAAAAAGAAGUUGCGGUGGUUAAAAUUCCAACUGCUGAGGAAAUUCGGAAGAUUUUGAUGAGAAAAAGGAAAUGGAAGAAUAUUGAGCAGGAAGAAGAGGUUUUUGAUGAGCAUUCGGGGAAUUUUCAAGCUACAACUUCUUAUCAAAAAGCUUCAGAAGAUUCAGAAGAAGAAUCUGAAUCAGAAGUUGAGAUAAAUACAGAUGAGAGAAUUGGAAUGAUGAAAGAAGAAGGAUUUGAUGAAGCUCCCGGUCUCCGAAUUAUUGAUAAAAAUGGCCAACUUUUUAUUAUAACAAAAAGUGGUGGAUAUAUUGGAUCAGAUUCGGAAUCUGAAGUUGUGCUAACUAAUCGAUUAUUACCUGAAAGAUGUGCGGAAAUUAAUUAUUCUGAAGAUAUUGGUUGUUAUUCGAUUGUGAAGUUGGAAGAGAGUUGUGUGGUUUCUUGUAAUUCCAAUGUUUUGAAGGUAAGUUUUUAAUAUGAGCAAUGUGGUGGGCUUAAAAAUCUGAUUUUUUAGACACUAAACACACCGUGGGAAGUUUUUUAGCAUGAGCAAUUAAAAAUGCUCGAAAAUCCUGUUUUUAGAGAUUAAAUUUGCUCCAGGGGAGAAAUUUUAAUAUGAGCAAUGCUCCAUAGCUCAGAAAUCCUGGUUUUAGACACUAAAUUUGCUUUAGGGGAAUUUUUAACAUGAGCAAUGCUCCAGAGCUCAGAAAUCCUGGUUUUUAGACUCUAAAUUUGCUUUAGGAGAAUUUCUAACAUGAGCAAUGAUUCAGAGCUCAAAAAUCCUGAUUUUCGGACACUAAAUUUGCUCUAGGGUAUUUUUUAACAUGAGCAAUGAUUCAGAGCUCAAGAAUCCUGAUUUUUGGACACUAAAUUUGCUCCAGAAGAGAAUUUUUAACAUGAGCAAUACCCUAGAGCUCAAAAAUCCUGGUUUUUGGACAAUAAUUUUGGUUUAGGGGAAUUUUUAACAUGAGCAAUACCCUAGAGCUCAAAAAUUUAUGAAAAUCAGUUUUUGAGCGCCAAGAAAAUGAGCCCUGAAAAUUGUGAGAAGAAGGUGCUCCCUCUGGAGCUCAGCGGCUAAUUUUUCCAGGAAUUUCAUCAUUGCUCAUGUUAAAAAUUCUCCCCUGGAGCAAAUUUAGUGUCCAAAAAAUCAGAUUUUUGAGCUAUAGAUCAUUGCUCAUGUGAAAAAUCCCCCUGGAGCAAAUUUAGUGUCCAAAAACCGGGAUUUUUGAGCUCUGAAUCAUUGCUCAUGUUAAAAAUUCCCCUAGAGCAAAUUUAGUGUCCAAAAAUCAGAUAUUUGAGCUAUAGAUCAUUGCUCAUGUCAAAAAUCCCUCUAGAGCAAAUUUAGUGUCAAAAAACCAGGAUUUUUGAGCUCUGAAUCAUUGCUCAUGUUAAAAAUUCCCCUAGAGCAAAUUUAGUGUCCAAAAACCGGGAUUUUUGAGCUCUGAAUCAUUGCUCAUGUUAAAAAUUCCCCUAGAGCAAAUUUAGUGUCCAAAAAAUCAGAUAUUUGAGCUAUAGAUCAUUGCUCAUGUCAAAAAUCCCUCUAGAGCAAAUUUAGUGUCAAAAAACCAGGAUUUUUGAGCUCUGAAUCAUUGCUCAUGUUAAAAAUUCCCCUAGAGCAAAUUUAGUGUCAAAAAACCAGGAUUUUUUGAGCUCUGAAUCAUUGCUCAUGUUAAAAAUCCCUCUAGAGCAAAUUUAGUGUCCAAAAACCGGGAUUUUUGAGCUCUGAAUCAUUGCUCAUGUUAAAAAUUCCCCUAGAGCAAAUUUAGUGUCCAAAAAAUCAGAUAUUUGAGCUAUAGAUCAUUGCUCAUGUCAAAAAUCCCCCUGGAGCAAAUUUAGUGUCCAAAAACCGGGAUUUUUGAGCUCUGAAUCAUUGCUCAUGUUAAAAAUUCCCCUAGAGCAAAUUUAGUGUCCAAAAAAUCAGAUAUUUGAGCUAUAGAUCAUUGCUCAUGUCAAAAAUCCCCCUGGAGCAAAUUUAGUGUCCAAAAACCGGGAUUUUUGAGCUCUGAAUCAUUGCUCAUGUUAAAAAUUCCCCUAGAGCAAAUUUAGUGUCCAAAAAUCAGAUAUUUGAGCUAUAGAUCAUUGCUCAUGUCAAAAAUCCCUCUAGAGCAAAUUUAGUGUCAAAAAACCAGGAUUUUUGAGCUCUGAAUCAUUGCUCAUGUUAAAAAUUCCCCUAGAGCAAAUUUAGUGUCCAAAAAAUCAGAAUUUUGAGCUCUAAUCAUUGCUCAUGUUAAAAAUCCCUCUAGAGCAAAUUUAGUGUCAAAAAACCAGGAUUUUUGAGCUCUGAAUCAUUGCUCAUGUUAAAAAUUCCCCUAGAGCAAAUUUAGUGUCUAAAAACCAGGAUUUCUGAGCUCUAGAAGAUUGCUCAGGUUAAAAAUUCCCCUAGAGCAAAUUUAGUGUCUAAAAACCAGGAUUUCUGAGCUCUAGAAGAUUGCUCAGGUUAAAAAAUUUCAGAUUGAUUCACCAGUCGAUAUUUGUCAUGGAGAUGUUGUACAAAUAAGUGGCGAAAAAUUCGAAAUUCAUGUUCAUUUUGGCUCAAACACUUGUCCAGGCUGUGAGCCGGGACUUUUUCAAAAUCCAGAAGCCCAAGAGGCCCAAGGCCAGGCCAAAAAUAUAUGCGGAGAAUUGGCGAGACGAAAAACAUUGAAGAAAUUGAUGAACUCUUAUGGAAUCACACCGAAUUCCGAAUUAUCGGGUCCGAUUCGACGGAAAAAACCAGAGGGUCCAAGUUUGAUGAACAUCGAAAGAGAUCAAGGGUCCAGGGAUUUUGGGACCUAUGGAAAUUGCGCGGCAAAACCGAUUGCUGAGAAUUUGCGGAAGUUUGAGAUGCCAACAAGUUCCAGGAACUCGGAGCCGCCAAAAUUGGAGCCCAAACCGAUUUCUGCGGAAAAUGUCGGAUUCAAAUUGUUGAAAUCGAUGGGUUGGAAAGAGGGAAAAGGAUUGGGAAAGGAUAAACAAGGAAAUAUUGAGCCCGUGAGAAUUUUCUUCAAAAAUUGAUCUAUGAACUCUGAAUAUUCCAGAUCUCUACUGAAAUCAAAAAUAAUCGACAAGGAUUGGGAUCAUCUUCCCAAAAAUCGUCUCAACCAAAAUCACAGAAAGAGAUGAUGCUUGAAAAAAUGAAGGAGAGAUUCAACAAAAUUUGA